UGUAAGUUGGUGGUUGAGGGAGAGAGCGAGCCGAGAGCUUGGAGAAGGAAGAAGAAGCCAUGAUGGGCGUGGCUAUUGCUUCCUCUAAAGCUUGUUCCUCAGUCUUAUAUACUUUAAUAACUCCAUUCAAUAGGUCGAAGUCAAUGUUAGCUUGCUCCGGUUCGAGCCCUGAUCGGAAAAGAAGAAGCUUGAUCUUCUUCGGUUCGAGUCUGGUGCUCGCAUCGACUCUGCUUGGCUCCUCCAAUCAACAGAAUUUCCCAGUUGAGUCUGCGAUCGCACUAGAACAAAUGAAAGAAAAAGAAGAAGAAGAAGAAGAGGUCGAGGAAGAAGAAGAGAGAAAUGUCAAUCUCUUCCAGAAAACUUCGGCGUCUGUUGUGUAUAUCGAAGACAUUGAGCUUCCCAAAACUUCAUCUUGUGAAUCCAAUGUUGAGGAUAAUGCAAAGAUCGAAGGGACGGGUUCUGGCUUCGUUUGGGACAAGCUUGGUCACAUUGUGACAAAUUACCAUGUCAUUGCCAAGUUAGCUACAGAUCAGAGUGGAUUACAACGUUGUAAGGUAUCUCUAGUUGAUGCCAUGGGGACAAAGUUUACCAAGGAAGCGAAAAUUGUGGGUCUUGAUCCAGACAAUGAUCUUGCUGUUUUGAAGAUCGAAACCGAAGGACGUGAGUUGAAACCUGUUGCUCUUGGUACCUCCAGUGAUCUACGCGUAGGUCAGAGUUGCUUCGCUAUUGGGAAUCCAUAUGGAUAUGAAAACACUUUGACAAUAGGGGUAGUGAGUGGGUUGGGAAGAGAGAUACCUUCACCUAACGGGAAGAGUAUUCGAGAAGCUAUCCAAACAGAUGCUGACAUUAACUCAGGCAAUUCUGGAGGGCCAUUGCUUGAUUCUUAUGGCCAUACCAUAGGCGUGAAUACUGCCACAUUCACCCGCAAAGGGACGGGUAUGUCUUCGGGUGUGAACUUUGCCAUUCCCAUUGACACAGUUGUUCGGACAGUACCCUAUCUCAUUGUGUAUGGAACAGCUUAUAGAGACAGAUUCUAAAGAAAA